AUGAUAGAUUCUGUAUAUGUCCAUUUUUCAAGACCUCUAAAUAAUUCAAAGUUAUGUGACAUUCAAUCUAAAUUAGGUUUAAAAAAAGGCAAUAUGUUAAGAGUAUGCGAUACUAGAUGGGUUUGCAGGUACAAAAAUUGCGAGGCUAUGUUAAAUAAUUUUAAUGCAAUUGUUAAAUACCUUGAAAAUGAAAUUGAUGAACAAUCUGAUAAAGAUAUUGCUCAAGCUAUUGGCAUAUUAAGUUCUAUACAGAAAUGUGAAUUCAUUAUUUUUCUUAUUAUUCUUAAAGAUGUAUUGAGUAUAAUGAACAUAUUAAGUAAUAGUUUACAAAGUAAAACAGCAACACUUGGUAAAUCUAAAAAUAUUAUUGAGUCCGUUAUAAAAACAUUUGAAACAUCAAGAACAGAUGAGGAAUUCCAUAAUGUUUGGAAAAAAAUAGUUAAUUUUGCUGAUGAAAAUAAUAUUAACUUACAAAUUCCAACUAUGGGAUCCAAACGUCAAAGAAGAGAAACUCAAAAUCUUCAUGAUUAUGUGGUGUUUGUAACUACUGGAGCAGAAAAUGAAGUAGUUGAUUCAAACACUACGGUUGAAAUAUACUGGCAAAGAGUAGCCUACAUGCCUAUUAUUGAUUCUAUUGUAAGACAUCUCAAGUAUAGAUUCUCCAAAGAGAGUUUACUUAUGGCAAGCUCUGUUGAAAGUUUUAUUAAAAUGGAUUUUGUUGAAAGAUGUUUUAAUGAUAGAUAUUCAUGCUUUAAAAUCAGAAAUGAAUGUAGCAAGAAAUUGCAUGAUUACCAUAAAACCGGAUUUUGA